AUGGACGAAAAUAGGUGUAAAUAUGUACGAAAUACAGGAUCAGGCGAAGAAAAGCUUUGGGCUUUAGACUGCGAAAUCAGCGCUCUGUGUAUAAUGCUUGAAGGGGCUUUCACCGUCGAUGAUGCUGUGCCUUCUAUUCAGCCCAUUGACAUCGCAAGUCCAUCUGAACCAGACUUCGUGCACUAUACUACGGUUGAAUUGUAA